AUGUAUAAUGGCAAUCCCCCUGGACGGGGCCCUCACGCUGUCAACUGGAACAGGGAUUUGAUCUGGAAGAUGAGAACAGAUUUGAAGUACCAAUGGAAACUGUUCGAAGAGGAGAUACCAACUAUUUUCGAAAAACUUAUGCAGCGACUCAAAAACAAUUUAGACAAGUUGGAAUUGCAUCUCGGAGGCCUUGACCCUAAAUCAGUGGAAGGGACUCGUGUACACACGCAAGAUUUUGAACAUAUGUACAGCCGUAUUCAGCGAGAAUUCGAAAAUGGCGUCAGAUCCAUCCACGGCCGAGCAUCAGAGUCAGAUUCGCAGUCUUACGUCGUUCAAGAAAUGAUUCCAACAUACGAUGCUGCUUCUGAGAUUAGUGGGCCUGAAAAAGCUACUCAACAACGUACUAUAAUUCAAGGCAAGAUCAAAGACGGUACACUUUUCGACGGCAUUUUACGCCACUUAAUUUCUGACAUGGAAGAACAAUUUGAGACCUUUCAUAAAGUGAAAGACUUUCUGUAUGAAACUGUUGAUAGUGUACGAGAAAAUUUCGACAUGAUUAUGUCCGAUGCCGAGGAGAAACAAAAAGCAGAGGAACGGCUCAAAAAGCAACUGGCGGAUGAGGUGCAGCAGCUUCUGGGGAAGUAUCAGGAGAUCCGAUUCAGUAUGUUGAAGUUUUGACACCUAGAUACCGUGAAGUGUGCAAAGAUCUUGCAGUUGGUUCAUUGUUAUCUCUAUUUCAAAGCCACCAGAAGAACCAAAAUGAAAAGGUGCCUCAUUGAGUGCAUGUUUUGUCUAUGUUGACGAUAUAGUAUC